AUGCUCCACCUUGUAAAAUGGGCCGUAAAUAAGGUGCUGGAACCGAAAACUGAUCCGGAUGCGAUACAACGAAAAAUUCGAUAUUUGGAACAGCAGCUCGAGGAAUCGAAGGAUGAUAACGCACAUUCGAGUUCACAAACUGUGCAAGAGAUCAUGGAACCAACGGAUUGUUUUAAAAAAUCAGGAACCAUUACCGAGAUGAAAGCUGACUUUUUUGUUAUCGAUGGUAUCUACUUUGUACCAAAGGCACUGCUGAAAAAUAAUCCCAUUGCCAAACACAUUGAGGAAAACGCACGACUGGAAUUUCUUGCUUACAACAAAGUGGAUCCAUCGUCGGGCGAAACAAUUACGAAGGUUAUCAAAAUCCUAAGAAUCCUUGAUGGUCUCUGGAACGACGAGUCUGAUUGGAAUAAACCUUCCAACGUGAAUCCAACAAUGUACUACAAAAACAAUCGGCGACGCGAACCAGGCAAGGUUAUUGCAAAGGAAAACGAAAAUGUCACUGUAGAAACUGAUGCCGGUGAUCCGAUAUGCGUGAAUAUAGACAAAACACCCGUAACAUUUGUGCCGGUAUUGGGUGAUUACGUGACGCUGGAUUGUAUCGUGCAGAUGGACCAAGAUUUUGUCGAUUUCAAGGGCGAGGUUCUUGACGUGGUUGGCAUUGAACCGUCGCGUAUCGUCACCGACACUGGUGUCGUUACCAUGAUUGAGCCGGAGGGCGGUGAGAUUCGUACCACAGCCAACGGCACAUUUAUCUACCAGACUGAGGUCCUAAUGAAUGGCUACCGCCCGAUGAACGGAGAUCGAGUGUCGUUUAAGGCGAUCGAAAAUGAACACGUUCGCAUGCGUUGCAUAACUGUGAAUCUGAUUGAUGUAGCCGUAACCAGAGUUAUGCCAAUCGCAAAGGAAAACGAAUCGAUGGUUAAAGGAAAUGCUGAAACUACGCGUGAUAAUAGUUUAUGGCAAGACAAGAACGGCAUACAGAUUUGCGGUGAUUUCGAUGUGGUCUUACAGGACGGACAGGAUCGCGCCCGUCGAACGGUGACUAUAAAGAACGAAUCAACCAGGGAGCAUAAGAUAAUCAAGUUGAUGGGACCAAAAAUGGAAUCUCACCAGGUACGCCUGAUCUCACCGUUUAUGCACACGCAGACAAUCCUCUUUCCAGGUGAAAAAGUUGAGUAUGAGUUUGAAAUUGCCGGCGGAGGUAUUUUUGGACGAAACGACGAGGCAUUUGUAUGGUGCUUCGGCGGCGCAUUCCGGAUUGGUCGCUGGUUCCGCAUAACAAUCGGCGGCGAUGCUAUGCUAGCUAGUAAUGGAUCGCAAGAGCCCCUGUUUAAUCGAAGGAUGUCUUAUUGCAAAAAACAAUUGUCUAUGUUGAAUAUGAAGCGCGCAACAGGAGCAGUAAUAGCGGCUCGAGGGAUUGGCAAACGGAUGAACUUUGUCGCACAGCCUUUGCCUAUGUAUAACGUUCCAUCGGAGUUGUUUGAUCUUAUUUUGUCUUCUAAAAGCCGCUCAGAGGUUAUCAAUGCCCUCGAAAACCAUCCCUACUGCUUGAAUGAGGAACUUUCACCUCAGAAUUAUCAACGUAUUAUGAACACUUUUAUAUAUUUAGAAGAGAUCCGACUAAGCAUGGAAUUCCGUGUACAUGACAUUGAACGUGGUCACUUCACGCCGGAAGACAGCUAUCUGGCAUUGGCAGUCGCGAACAUUGCCGAAGCCAGACCCUCCAUUAUGGUUGGCGAUACAUUGCGCGCAUCUGCUCCCUGGUCCAACGAAUCAACCAUCUACCAGGGCACGAUCCACAAGGUGCUUCACAGUAAGAUAUUGGUGAAGUUCGACAAUAAUUUCCACUCACGGUACAACGGCGAGAGCUAUCACCUGCAGUUUUCCUUCGGGCGGGGAGUUUUUCGUAAGCAGCACCAUGCUAUCAAACGCAUGCAUCUAACGCACGGAUUUCCCUACCUCUUUCCCGAGCAAAUAACGCUGCAAGAUCCACUUCUAAACGUUCGAUUGAAUGCGCGGAACGAGAUGGUGCUCGAGAUGGAUACGGACGGGGGCGCCCGCGGUCGUAUUCUGCCAUGGCAUAACGCCUUACUAAACCGCUAUCAAAAGCAGGCCAUCGUGAAUGUGCUGCGCGGAGAAGCACGCCCCAUGCCGCACAUAAUAUUUGGACCACCCGGCACGGGUAAAACUAUCACCAUUGUUGAGCUUAUUCAGCAGCUAGUUUUGAACGUACCAUCGGCGCGACUUAUCGUGGUCACUCCGUCAAACAGUGCGGCCUAUCUGAUCACGGAGCGACUGGCCAGGGACGGUGUACUGCAGGCUGGUGAUUUCAUACGGUUGGUUGCCAUGAGCCAAGUCGAGCGAGAGUCCGUUCCAGAGCAUCUGGCGCAGUAUUGUGCCACAGUUGACGUGUCCGAUGAGCGAAACUCGACCGGCGAAGUGCUGGUAACCGAAUCGGGUCUGCGCAUGAAGUUCCAGGCCAAGCACAUUGGGCGUCAUCGGGUGACGAUCGGUACCUGUCUCGGCAUGGGAGCGCUCAUGUUGAUGCGUUUUGAGCCGAACCACUUUACGCACGUCAUCAUCGACGAGGCAGGUCAAGCGCACGAAGCCGAUACAUUGAUUGCCAUCAGCCAGAUUAGCCGCCUAACUGGUUCGGUGACACUCGUCGGCGAUCCAAAGCAGCUCGGACCAAUCAUGCAAUUCACAGAAAGCUCACGUUGGAACAGCAACGUUCCACUGCUAGAACGACUGCUCCACCGGCGUCCCUAUUCCGUGGAUUGCAUGCGAUUUCCCCCCGAAACGGGUGGGUACGAUCCGAGGCUUGUGACAAUGCUACGAAUAAAUUAUCGUUCGAUCCCCUCGGUGCUUACCCUGUACAACGAGAUGUUCUACGGGUCCUGUCUGGAGCCAUAUAAUUGUGAGGUAUCCGACGAGAACGUGCAACUCCUCGCCACCAUACGGCGCGAUAUUCUUGGCAUCAAGGAAAUCCAAAUCGGCGCAGCCGCUGAGCAUGGAUUCUUCUUUUGUGGCAUCGACGGCACGAACAAACAAUCUCCCGAUAGUCCCUCGUGGUUUAAUCCGGCCGAGGCGUGCAUGGUGCACAAGAUUGUCGAGCGACUGUAUCGGGGAGGUCGUUGCGGACCGGCGGAUAUCGGUAUCAUUACACCGUACAUCAUGCAAGUGCGCAGUAUUCGACGCAUCUUUGAGGCAGCCUCGCUAGAGCCGCCCAAAAUCGGAUCAGUGGAAGAAUUUCAGGGUCAGGAACGCAAGGUUAUAAUCGUGUCAACGGUGCGCUCGUCGAUAACUCAAAUUUCGCAUGACAGCACCGCCCAGCUUGGCUUUAUUUCGCAACCGAAACGUAUCAACGUGGCUUUGUCCCGAGCUAAAGUUGCCCUAGUGAUCGUCGGUAAUCCUAAAUUGCUGAUCAUGGAUCAAAUCUGGGCUCGCGUUCUGCUGCAGGCCUUAGAUAACAGUGCAUACUGCGGCUGUACGCUCAACUCUGCGGUCUUAUCCAAAGUGGCAGCGGUUCGGCAAAACCAGAACGGUGUCACCUCCGAUGCAACUUCAGCACAAAAACAGGACGAACAAGGUUUACAGAAGAAAGAGCUUAACUAAUAUAAGAAUUUUUGUAGAUACGAAUGAAAUAAUUACUUGAAGUUACGAAAAAUCACAACAAAUAUUUUACCCUACAUUUACGUUCAUUGGCUCCAUCGUGAUUUAUAUUUGUUUCAUUGUUUCGAUUUCAUUUGGUUCU